AUGAAAUAUUACCAGUUCUAUCGUAGUUGGAUGUAUGAUAAAAUAUAUCCAGGAAGACGUGGGCUUAAACCACAUUUUAAAGAAGGAGUUGUUGCAUUUCUUACUUAUGUGUUUGCUCAAGAAUGUUGUCGAAGAGAAGGAGGGGUAAGAUGCCCGUGUUUAAAGUGUGGUUGCAGAAAUAUAAUUAGUGACCCAAAUAAAGUGAAACGACACUUGGAGAAAGAUGGUUUUAGGCCAAAUUAUUGGGUGUGGUAUUCUAAUGGAGAAAUACUGCCAGAGAUGAAUAGAGAGGCUUCAAGCAGUCAAACACAUAUUGGAGUUGAGAUAGGCAGAGAGACAUCAAGCAGUCAAUCACAUUUGCAAGACCAUGAACAAUUUAAUCUCAUAGAUAAUAUGGUUGGUGAUACAUUAGAGUUGAAUGUGACUUAUGAUGAACCUCAAGAUUUUGAUGCAGAUGAGCUCCCGAACGAGGAAGCACAAAAGUUUUAUCAACUGUUGAAAGAAAUAAAUAUACCACUGUUUGAGGGGUCUUCUGACUCCAUGUUAUCCAUGUGUGUGAGACUCUUGGCCGCGAAGUCAAAUUAG